AUGAAAAGAAAAUAUCGAGUUUGCAAUGUAACAAGACGACCGGCAAGUCACCAAACGUUCCCUCUGCAGCUGGAGAAUGGACAGGCCAUGGAGUGCACAGUGGCUCAGUAUUUUAAACAGAAGUACAACCUUCAGCUGAAGUAUCCGCACUUACCCUGUCUGCAAGUGGGACAGGAGCAGAAGCACACCUACCUGCCCCUGGAGGUCUGUAACAUUGUAGCUGGUCAACGCUGCAUCAAGAAACUGACGGAUAAUCAAACAUCCACCAUGAUCAAAGCCACCGCCAGGUCUGCUCCAGACCGACAGGAGGAGAUCAGCCGCCUGGUGAAAAGUAACAGUAUGGUGGGGGGUCCGGACCCGUACCUGAAGGAGUUUGGCAUUGUGGUCCAUAACGACAUGACAGAGGUGACGGGACGCGUGCUCCCAGCUCCGAUGCUGCAGUACGGGGGAAGGGCCAGCACAGAGUCUGGGAGAGACUGUGGCAGGGGCGUGUGUCCGCAGAACAAGACAGUGGCGACCCCGAACCAGGGCGUGUGGGACAUGAGGGGGAAGCAGUUCUACGCCGGCAUCGAGAUCAAAGUGUGGGCAGUGGCCUGUUUCGCUCCUCAGAAGCAGUGCAGAGAAGACCUACUCAAGAGCUUCACAGACCAGCUGAGGAAGAUCUCAAAGGAUGCUGGUAUGCCGAUCCAGGGCCAGCCGUGUUUCUGUAAAUACGCUCAGGGAGCGGACAGCGUGGAGCCCAUGUUCAAACACCUCAAGAUGUCCUACGUGGGACUCCAGCUCAUCGUGGUCAUACUGCCGGGGAAGACGCCUGUAUACGCGGAGGUGAAGCGAGUAGGAGACACGCUCCUGGGGAUGGCCACACAGUGUGUCCAGGUGAAGAACGUGGUGAAGACAUCUCCUCAGACUCUGUCAAACCUCUGCCUCAAGAUCAACGCGAAACUGGGAGGGAUCAACAAUGUACUGGUCCCACACCAGAGACCCUCAGUCUUCCAGCAGCCUGUGAUCUUCCUGGGGGCAGAUGUGACUCACCCUCCUGCGGGAGAUGGGAAGAAGCCGUCAAUCGCUGCGGUGGUGGGCAGCAUGGACGGUCACCCCAGCCGCUACUGCGCCACGGUGCGGGUGCAGACCUCCCGACAGGACCUGUCUGGGGUAAAUGCUCCCACUGCGGAGCAGCUGUUCAGUCAGGAGGUGAUCCAAGACCUCACCAACAUGGUUCGCGAGCUCCUCAUCCAGUUCUACAAAUCCACACGCUUCAAACCCACCAGGAUCAUCUACUACAGAGGAGGCGUCAGCGAGGGCCAGAUGAAGCAGGUGGCAUGGCCGGAGCUGAUUGCUAUCAGAAAAGCCUGCAUCAGUCUGGAGGAGGACUACAGACCUGGGAUCACGUACAUUGUGGUUCAGAAACGCCACCACACCAGACUCUUCUGCUCCGACAAGGCCGAACGGGUUGGGAAGAGCGGGAACGUCCCAGCUGGUACCACAGUGGACAGUACCAUCACUCACCCCUCCGAGUUUGACUUCUACCUGUGCAGCCAUGCAGGCAUUCAGGGUACCAGCCGUCCCUCUCACUACCAUGUGUUGUGGGAUGAUAAUUGUUUCACGGCUGAUGAGCUGCAGCUGCUGACGUACCAGUUGUGCCACACGUACGUUCGCUGCACGCGGUCUGUGUCCAUCCCGGCUCCAGCUUACUACGCUCGGCUGGUGGCCUUUAGGGCGCGGUACCAUUUGGUGGACAAGGAUCAUGACAGUGCGGAGGGCUCUCAUGUCUCUGGUCAGAGUAAUGGUCGUGAUCCUCAGGCGUUGGCCAAAGCCGUGCAGAUCCACUAUGACACCCAACACACCAUGUACUUCGCUUGA